AUGGAGCCUCCUCCAUAUACGUGCGAGAACAAGAUCACCGGCAGCGCCAGCAGCAAGAUGGAGUGCUCAUCUUCUUCGCUGGCGCAUGAGGCACGUGAUCUUCGUAAGAACACCGCCGACGCUGCACUGUCUAGCGAUGAAGUCCCCACCUCAGCCGACAGCGUACGGGAGGAAGGGCUGCGAGCUUUUCGGGCCGGCGAUUGGAGAGGUGCAACUGAUGCUUGGAGCCGUGGACUCCGUACGCUUGAAUAUAUCUUAGCGAGGGAAGACGAAUUCGAUGAAGACAAGAGGAAGGAGUUUCUCGCUAUGCAUCAGUCGUAUUUGUUGAACUUGUCGCUCUCCACCCUCAAGGAGAGCCGCUGGGCCGCAUGCAUCCUGUACUGCGACAAAGCGCUUCAGCGUGACCCGAAAGCUUUGAAGGCGCUCUAUAGAAAAGCUCAGGCGCAGCAGGAAUUGGGGGACUUCGACGGCGCAUUGGCCACUGUAGAUAGGUAUUUGAGCGUAUCUCCGGGGAGUCCUUUGGCCUUGUCGCUGCAGGCCCAGCUACGGCACUUGAAGGCUGCCCACGCAGUAAAGGAAAAGAAGUUGCUCCAGGGGAUGUUCCGCAAUUUGGAACAUGACCCGCGGUCGGAGGCAGCUGAAGCUGCUGCUGCGGAGGCCGGUACGGGGAAUAGCAGUGGUUUACUAGGUUCUGUGAAGGCAACUCUCAAGGACUGGUUUAGUGGCGUGGGUUCGAAGCAGCAGCCCAGUAUGGAUUGUCCGCAGUACAAUCAGACUAUGGUGCAAGAUAUUGCCGCGGUGCAAGCAGCUAUGCGAGCCGCCGGUAUGGAUGGUAAAAAUAACCCGAACGACUACAGUCAAGAUGCUGUGGCGGAGGCUGUAGCUUCUUUGUUGGGGGGCAAGGAUAAGGCCGGGACAGUAAACAUGGAGGAGCUAAAGCGGCUCACCGCUCUGUUGAACAAGUAUCAAACGAUGCACGCCGGGGAGGCUUCGUUCAUGGAUAGACUGAGGUUUCGCCUAUCGCUGACGUGGUUUGGCAUUCGGCACGUCUGUGCGUCGCUCUGUUGCUAUUUUUGCCGAAGAAGACAAACACAGCAACACGCACAAGCAGAACCCGAGUGGGAAGACGUGCAACCUAGAGCUUCUGCAGCUUCCCGCAGUCCAGCACCCGAAGGCAAAGAGAACCGGGGCUUCCUUAACACAGCCCAGCGAAGGCAGCAGUGCCGCACUGCGGCGGCCGCAGCAGCUGCUGGUAGAAGACGGAGGAAUCAACAGCACUUUGCUAAGGGGACGACUUCCAGCGGCAGAGUGGAAGAUCUUGGUUGA